AUGUCUUCCGACGAACAAGCACCUUCACAGGUCACUGGUCAGCUCAAGCAAGCGCAAGGCGUGCUCUACCAGGCGGUUGGAGCGGUUCCGGGCACGGCGGAGAGCUGGACCACGGAAGGAGAACAGCUGCAGCAGGAAGGAGCGGAUGAGCUAGACGAGGCAAGGGCGGAGCAGAAGGGCGAGGCGGCCGUGAAUCGGGUCUGGGGAAAGGCAGAGAGCGCCUACGGCAUGGUCACGGGCGACCAGACGCACUUGAGCGAGGGCAACCUAAAGGCAGAGAAGGGAGAAUGGCAAAACGCGCUCGCAGAUGGACGGCUACCGAACCCGAGCUGGGACAGGGUGAAAGGGAAGGCGCAGAGUGCGGCAGGGAUGCUUACGGGCGACCAGGAGCUGCAGAAGGACGGUAACAUACAGGCGGAGAAGGCGGAAUGGACGAAGGGAUAG